UACCUGUAGUUCGGAGACCUUAGGUAAACUUUAUCGGGACAGGCGAUACACACCAUUCAUGUUUUACAAUGUAUUGAGAAACAUACACGUACUACUUAUUUGUAACCAAAGAGGUUGGUAGCGGGUGUAUACCUAUGGAGGGUACCGUCAGCCCUGCUGAGUUCGGACCGCCCUGCGCACGCUAAGGAGUGGCCACACUCAGGUGUAGGCCCCGUUACCAUGCUACCUUUACACCUAUACCGUGAGGAACACUUGUGUGAAAGCAAUCGUGACCCCAUGGAGCGCUGAUCCUCUACUCAUAUUUGUUCCCAGAUGGACAAUGUAUCGGUACAGAACGUUUCUCUCCACGGCUGGUGACUCCAGCAGAGUUUGUGUUAAAUAUUUGUUAUUGCAAAUAGUUCUACUGAGUUGAAACAUUCAAACGAUCAAUAUGAAAAACAUAGAUGAUCAGAAUGAACCAUUUAUGUGAUUUAGAAUGAAACAUUCAUGUGAUUAAGAUGAAUAUCUUGCUUUUUUUCCCUGUUUCAUUCACAUUUCUCUUCAGUUUUUGUACAUGUGGUAAUCAGAACCCUAUUCGUAGGACAAAAUACGGCCGAGUGCGUGGAUUUACAGAAACCUUGUACGACGGUAAAAAGGUGGAGAAAUACCUGGGAAUUCCUUACGCCAGGCCACCAAUCGGCGAGUUACGAUUCAUGCCACCGGUUGUUCCUAAGACAUGGCACGAGGGAACACUAAAUGCGAUAGAGCUUGGUCCCGCCUGUCCCCAACCAAGCGGGGGCCUUGCAUAUAUUGAGUUUCAUGUCCCGGGCUUCAACAAGACUAGUGAAGAUUGCCUUUAUCUCAAUGUGUACACACCAAAGAAAGGACACCAUUUCACACACAGUCUGCCAGUACUUGUCUUUAUACAUGGUGGUUCCUAUUACAACGGGAUGGGCGCCAUUUUUGACGGAAGUGCUCUCGCUGCGCAAGAUAUUGUUGUUGUUUCACUAAACUAUCGUAUUGGUCCUCUAGGUUUUCUCGCCACCGGUGACGCCGAUUUGCCGGGAAAUUAUGGAAUGCUAGACAUAAUCGCUGCCCUAGAGUGGACAAGGGACAACAUCGGUUACUUCCAUGGGAAUCCUGAUCUUGUCACCAUAGACGGUCACAGCGCCGGCGGGUGUAGUGCUGGUCUGGUGAUGAUGUCUCCACUCGCUAAAGGACUUUUUCGAAGAGUUAUUAUUCAGAGUGGUUCCCCUUUGGCCCACUGGGCGGUGACUAGAUACCCAGGGGGACAGAGCGUCCACUUCAAGGUGUUUGCCUCGGCUUUUGAUUGUUUGUUUGAAGACUCAGCACAAAUCAAGAAAUGCCUCCAAGCUGUUCCUUCGAAACGGAUGCAUGCUUUCAUCGCUCAGAAUUAUGACGCGUCACCUUCGCUGUCCCCUCAAUUCCGUCCGGUGGUGGAUGGAUAUUUCAUGCCUGAUACCCCGGAGAGAAUGGCUGUCUCCGGAGACUUUGAGGUGGAGAGUAUUCUGACUGGUGCUACUAAAGACGAAGGACUCAUAGCCGCAAUUCCAUUUAUCAAAGCUUUCGGAGGUAAAGGUCAAGGUCGUGCAAAGCUGCUAACCCUGAUGUAUUGUUUUAGAGGAGACCUCCCAGAAAUACCUGGCAUCGUAGAUACACUGUUGGAGCAUUACACCCAGUGGCCUUAUAUUACCUCAGACACAUCGAUACAGGACAGUUUCUCGGAGAUGGUAGGCGAUUAUUACAUAACGGCGCCCACACACAGACUAGCGUCCUUGUUGUCCCAGCGCAAUACGACGGUUUACCUCUACAACUACGAGUAUAAGUCUGUGUACGCGCUGUGGGACGGAGUUAUACACGGAGCAGAGUUAUUCUACCUGUCGGGGUUUCCAAUGUCAGGCCACGCUAACUUCCGGUACAGCGAGAGUGACCGAAAGAUGUCCGAGAUGCUACUGUACCUCUGGUCAAGCUUUGCACGGAACGGACUUCCGUCGCUGAUUCCGCAUAAGCAGUUCUAUAUAGACAGGUACACUGCGAGUCGACCAACGUUUGCCAGGAUUACUACAGGCAACCAAAGGCCUCACAUUGAAAUGGAUAUCAAACUCAAACCUGACAAGUUGUCGUUCUGGAACGAGAAAGUACCCAAGAUGUACCGUCAGAGGUACGCUAAUAGGCUUGUUGCCAAGGGAGAACUGAUGUCUCGAGAUAUCGUCAUCAGUAGUGCUAAUUCAUGGGCCCUGAUUGCGUCAUGUAUCGGGCUCUCCGUGCUGACAAUUCUGUUCUCUAUAGGAUAUUGUAAAAGUAGAAGGCGGAUCAAGAAAAUUCUGCAGCACAACGGUGUAGCAAUGUCCAACAGAAUUAAAUAAACCAUUCUACAGAACGUCGGUAUACCAUUGUCGAACACAAUUACCAUUCUACAGUACAAAAUUAUACCAAUGUCCAACAUAACUACCAUUUUACAGCACAAAAGUAUACCAAUGUCCAACAUAACUACCAUUAUACAGCACAGCGGUAUACCAAUGUCCAGCAUAAUUGCCAAUCAAUAGCACAGCGGUAUACCAAUGUCCAACAGAAUCACCAUUCUACGGCCAACGGUAUAUCAUUGUCCAAAAGAAUUAUCUUUCUACAGCACAGUGAAAAAAACAUUGUUCAACUUAAUUACCAUUCUACAACACAGCGGUGUGCCAUUGUUCUACAGCACAGCGGCGUACCAAUGUACAAAAGAAUUAUUAGAGAUGCGUGAUACAAUAUAUAUGUUUUAUAUUACAAUUCAUUACAAUGAAGUUGCCUUAGAAAUGAUAAUUCUUCGAACAAAUAAACGGGUGUUCAUUUUUCACAUUGUCCCACAUUGGCGCAUUUUGUCGGUAUUUACGUCUCAUACAAGUGAUUGUGAACUAGUACAUUUUUAAAAAGUGAUGAUAUCAUUUAAGGAAUGGUUCAUUCCCCCAAACUCUUAACGAGUUCGUAUAGAAACCAUGUAAUCUACUGAGUUCUUCUAAUAAUUGUAGGGCCUUUAAAAUAAACAUUUUCAAAAUGUCAAGAUGUCAUAUCAUUUUUUUCCUUUGCUCCUAUUGUCAUCGUGAAAACAAUACUAAAAAAGAAAUUAAAACAAGUGUUGAUAAUACUUCCGAACUUCUGUGAUUUGGAGGAAAGAACCAUGUGUUACAUCGUAUCGAGACCGUCCCUAACAUUGUAAAUAUACUUAAUACCAACGUCCAUUCUGUACAAUAAUCACGGGGUUGUUAUAGAGAUUUAGGGUUCAUGUACAUACUUGUAUGGAAAUGUAUGUGAACGAUUUGAUUUCUGAAUGGAUAAAAUCGAUUAUAUUAGCUAGAGUUUUAGUAAAUAAUAUAGGAAUGAAGUAAAGAAAGGCGAAUUUAUUUUUUGUUUUUGCUGGUUCUUUAAACGUGAGGAUGAUGAAUUCUCUCUCUUGCGUUUCAUUGUAAUAUUGAUGUUUCUGACUGGCCAUGAUGAUUUACUUAAUGUAUUGUCAUACUGAACGAUAGUGUAUCACAUAACAGGACGAAAUGGUUAUAUCAGGUUCCUAUCAAUUUGGUGAUUACAAAACAGCACAUUACUAAUAUCUAAAUUUGAACCUAAUCAAUAGGACCACCCAUAUUUGGAAUUGAUAUAUCUAUUAGAUCUAACGUCACAUUGCUAUCAUAUUCUUUUAAAUCAGCUCCAACUGACGUUAUUGGAGAUCGGUAGAUUUGUCUUGCAGAAUCUUUCCCUGUUCACCCAUGCUAUGAUGAUUGGAUUUCCAGGAACGACAGAACACGUUUUUUAUAUCAUGUUUAUAAGUAAACGUAUGUUUUUAUAAUGUCAAGUGAAAGUGACAUGGAGGCAAUAAUGUAUGGAACAUGUCUUGUUGGAGUCUUUGGAGUUAUCCCCCCUGGUGAGGAAAUACAUUCAUUCCAUCUCGUAUGUUUUUAAAAUGUGUGCAUUUUGUAUGUGUGACUAUAAUUCCGGUAUACUGUAUUUUAUGACGUGUAUAUUGUUGGCAAUAUAUUAUGUAACAAUAAAACCCCAUUACAUUGUAUACUAUGUUUUAUGAUUGUUUAACGAAAACGAAAUUAUUAUCACAUAGCAAAAUCGAGCGUGAGUUACAUACAUUAAGUUGAUAUUGAUAUUGUAUUGAAAUUGAAUUCCGAUUUUCGACUUUUAAAAAGGAAUGUUGAAAAAUGUUGAUAUUUUUUCACUCGUCUUUGAAAUUUUUUUAAUUUUGUCAUAACAGGUCCCCAGGGUAAACAAUACUGUAGUAACUACGCCCAGAAGUUAUCAGCUGUAUUCUACAUUAUUAGUGCGAGUAUUCCUUCUGAUAGUAAUUAACAGUAUAGGGUGUAUAUUUCUCUUCUCCAGGUAAAACUCCUUAAGUAAUAAUGUCACAGUGUAAGAGUGGCAUUGCAUUAUAAUUAAUUAGACAUUAAAUCACGAGUACCUAUAGCACAAUUACUAAUAUCUGUAUCACGAAAAACGUUACUAAGGCCAGAUUUGGUGCUAAAUGUACAUACAUCAACACACUUGAUGUCUUAUUAAAACCCAUUCAAUUGUUUAAUUUCUAACAUGUAUUACCGAAUAUGAUUACGUUUGAGAGUCAUUGUGUGGCAUUAUGGAGUGCUCUAAAGAAACUAGCCUUAUCCCCUCUUCCACAUUAAUAUGUAGAAUUAUUGUCGAUUCCAUAACUAUACUGUAUAAGUUCCAUUAUAAACCAAAAUCUUCCAAAACAAGUUUUAUUGUGUUGUGAGCUCCUGAAAGCAACGCAUUAUCAUGUUGCGUUUGGGAGACGUUAUGAAGAAAGGGUUGUUAUAUUAUCAUCGUGAUAGAAGAUCUUCUCUUCAAUAGUAUUCCCAUGAGAUGAUGGGGAAAUACUUCAAAUAUAGGACUGCAAUUACAUGUGGGAUGAUAUAUUACGUAAUGUGAAACUAUUCCAGGGAGAUGUUACAAACCAUAAAAUGUCAUAUUACUCCUUGAAUAUAUUAUAAACUAAGUAUUCCAAUACUAAUCCAGGGAGAUGCUACAAACUUAGGAAUGUCGUUGCAUUCCUGGGAGAUGCUACAAACUUAGGAAUGUUAUUGCACUCCUAGGAUAUGCUACAAACUUAGGAAUGGGAUAUUACUCCUGGGAGAUGCUACAAACUUAGGAAUGGGGUAUUACUCAUGGGAGAUGCUACAAACCUUAAGAAUGUCAUAGUACUCUUUGGAGAUGCUACAAACUUAGGAAUUGGAUACUCCUGGGAGAUGCUACAUGUAGAAAACUUAGAAAUUUGAUAUUACUCCUUGGACAUACUACACACUUUGGAUUGUAAUAUUACUCUUGGAAGAUGCCCUAACUUUCCGACUGCUUCCAUGGCUUGCUUUAACCUUAGAUAUGUAUAAUACUACUAUUUUAGUUCGGUAAAACAUUUGUAUAUGAAACCGACAGGACUUUAGAAUUUCCCUUGUCAGAGCUAUCCUAGUGCGUCUUUGCGUUGUUAUUGGCAUUAAUUAUGUCUUAUGAAAAGUGUUUCCAAAUGUAUCGCUAGUUUUCGUUUGCUUAUAAAACAGGUUAAGCUCAUGUCUAGCAAGUCUAUCACUACCCUUUUAUAAGGCUACAAAUACAUCGCAUUUUCACAGAUUUUGGUGUCAAUUUGUAAUUAAUCGAUCGUUUUGUUUUUAAAACACGGAUUUUUUCUUAUUCUUUUAACUUACUCUUUAUCAAACGAUUUUCAAUGCAUAAUCCAUGCAAAUAAAAAAAACUUCUAAAACCGUCAGCACAAAUAAUUGUGAUUGACAAAAAUAAUACCAGAGUAUGAAAUUAACGAUGAUCAUGAUCGAAUGAAGGAAGCAAAGCAAUGAAAAUCAGUGUACACAAAGAUAAUAAGUUUCUCUGUCCUAACCACUUGGCAGGGGGAAUGUUAUAUACCUGGGUAAUAUCGUGCUUGCUAGGCGUGAGGCUGUGAUUCCUGUAACGUUGUUAGGUGUUCUGAGUACGAUGUGCUCAGCAUUGUUUACUGUGAUAAGGACAAAACACCUGGAAUAUUGUACAUAUCAAGUAUAUAAACUGUCUAUAUAUUAUGUGCAAUUGUUUCAUGUUUAUUUAAUAAAUUGAUAUUCUGUAUCUCA